AUGCAAAUUAUCCGAAGGGCUAGUUUUGCAGUAAACAGUCUCCUAAAAGCGGCGCCAGCAAGGUAUGGCCGUUACUUCAGUGAAGAGGCUAGAGAUCGGGUCCGAGCACUGAAAUCAGGAGAUAAGCUACAUGGAUAUACAGUACAGAAAGUGCAAGAGGUGCCAGAGUUUUUCAUCACAGCAGCAAUGCUGACACAUGAUAAGACUGGUGCCCAACACCUUCAUACUGCCAGAGAUGAUGACAAUAACACUUUCAGUGUCAUAUUUAGAACUACUCCCAUGGACAGUACUGGAGUGCCACAUAUCCUUGAGCACACUGUACUGUGUGGAUCUGAACACUUCCCAGUACGAGAUCCUUUCUUCAAGAUGAUCAGCAGGUCCAUGGCUACAUACAUGAAUGCUCUCACAGCAUAUGAUUGGACCAUGUAUCCAUUCUCAAGCCAGAAUGCGCAGGAUUUCAAAAACUUGAUGGCUGUCUAUUUGGACGCUGCUUUGUUUCCUCUCAUCAGAGAGCUGGAUUUCUGCCAGGAAGGUUGGAGACUGGAGCAGACAGAUCUCUCAGACCCCAAUUCACCAAUCAUAUUUAAAGGUGUGGUCUACAAUGAGAUGAAAGGUGUUUUUUCCAACUCUCAGAGCAUCUACCAACAAGAAGCCCUGAACUCCCUCCUGCCAAGCCACACAUACGGAGUGGUAUCAGGAGGACACCCAAACGACAUUCCCAAGCUCACCUACGACCAGCUGAAGAAGUUUCAUGCCACUCACUAUCAUCCAAGCAAUGCUAAGUUUUUCACCUAUGGCAACCUACCUCUGGAAAACCAUCUGGAGUACAUCAAUACUUAUCUAGACAAGUUCAGUCAAAUUCAACCCAGUACAUCAGUUCCUAAAGAACCCAGGUGGGAUUCGCCGAAAGAAAAGCUUAUUUAUGGCCCUCCAGAUCCAAUGGCCCCUGAUCCAGAGAAGCAGACGGCUGUGUCUGUUAGCUACCUUUUAAAUGACAUCACUGACACAUAUGAGAACUUUGUAUCCAGCAUUGUUGGCUACCUACUUACCAGUGGAGAGACGUCCCCCUUCUAUCGAGCUCUCUUGGAACCAAACAUCGGCAGUGAUUAUGCACCAACAACAGGCUUUCAUUCUGAUACAAAAGAAGCAGUAUUCUCUGUGGGUCUGUGGAACAUCAGCAAGUCGGAUGUGGAAACCACACUGGGGAUCAUCGAGCAAACUCUUGACAAAGUUAUUAAGGGCUUUGACAAGGCCAAGAUUGAUGCCUUAUUGCACAGAAUUGAAUUGGAACAGAAACAUCAGACCAGCAAUUUUGGGUUGCACCUGGCCAUUAAUAUAGCCACUUUGUGGAAUCACGAUGGAGAUCCUGUCAGUGGUCUGCAGGUCAGCAAACAUGUGGCCAGGUUUAAAGAGGACUUGAAGAAAAACCCCAAAUUAUUGCAGCAAAAAGUCAAAGAGUACUUGAAGGACAACUCACAUCGGCUGACCCUGACAAUGGUGCCUGACGAGUCGUACACUGAGAAGCAAAAGAAAGCUGAGAAAGAAAGAUUAAAUCAGUUGGUGGGGGCUCUGAGUGAAUCUGACAGAGCUGACAUCUUGAAACGAGGUCUGGAUCUACAGGAAUGUCAGAACUUGAAGGAAGAUGUUUCUUGUCUUCCAUCGCUGAAGCUCGCUGAUCUCAGUCCCAAGAUCAAACCAGAGCCUGUGACAUUCACAGAGGCAGGUUGGUCCUUCAUACAGACCUGUGACCAGCCAACUAACGGUGUGACCUAUCUCCGUAUGGCCUCCAACUUACAGGGUCUUCCAGAGGAUUUGAUGCCUUAUGUUCCACUAUUUUGUGAUGUUAUAACAAGUAUUGGAGCAGGAGGACAUGACUACCUAUGGAUGUCCCAUCAACAAGAACUCUACACUGGGGGAUUGGAUGCCAGCCCUAUUGUGGUGCCUCAUCACACAGACAUUGCAAAAGCCCAGUUAUCUGUGCUGUUCUCUUCCUACUGCUUGGAGAAAAACUUCCAUCACAUGUUGGACCUGUGGACUAAUAUCAUCAACAGCCCAGACUUCAUGGAUGUCAACCGUCUGUCCACACUGAUCCGCAUGAGUGCAAGUGAGUUAGCAUCCAGCCUGUCGGACAAUGGUCAUCAUUAUGCCUUGAGCAGCUCUGCAUCAACAUUGAGCACUGUGAACAAGCUCCAGGAGUUGUUCUUUGGAUAUUCACAAGUGCGGACAAUGAAACAAGUGGCAGAGCUACCCGAUUUUUCCGAGGUGGCCUACAAACUUCAGAGCAUUGGAGAUGUUGUGUUGGAUAAAUCCUCUAUCAGAAUUUCUGUCAACGCCACUCCCAAGGCCAUGGAGAGGUCAGUCCAGGGGAUCAAGUCCUUCCUGGGCAACCUGAGAGGGGAAGCAGACAUGGCUACUGUAUUUACUGAGGUUGAUCAGAUCAAGGCCACCUCACACAGCACCCAGUAUGAACUACCUUUCACUGUCAAUCACGUAGCCCUCAGUUACCCUGUUGUACAGUACGCACAUAAGGACUUUGCACCGUUGAAUGUUCUAGCCACACUGAUGACACGGAAGUUUUUGCACAGAGAAAUCAGAGAGAAGGGAGGUGCAUAUGGCAGUGGUGCCCGAGUCAACUCUGGGGCUUUCAGUUUUUUCUCCUACAGGGAUCCACGCAGUCUGGAGACACUGAAUGUAUUCAAACAGUGUAUAGCCUGGGCAACCAAGGGAGAGUACACUGCAGAAGAUGUGGAUGAGGCAAAAUUAGAAGUCUUUCAGAAGAUCGAUAAACCAGUUCCUCCAGGCAGCCGGGGUCAGACCAGGUUUGUUUACGACAUCUCUGAUGAUAUGCGGCAGAAAAACCGGGACAGACUGUUUAAAGUGACAAAUGAGGAUCUGAAGAGGGUUACAGAAUUAUAUCUCAGCUCUGAAAGUGCAAUAUCUGGAGCUGCAUUCCUGGGACCAGCCAACCCAACUGUACAGAGUGACAAAAGCUGGCACAUUGAAACUGAAGAGGAAAGCCACGAAGCACAAGCCAAGCAGUAG